GCUGGAGGAGGAGGGCAGCAGAGAGAGGAGACAGACCGAGCAGAGCGGGCGGAGAAGCGGCCAGCCGGCAGAGCUGCAGCGGCCCAUCAGCGGAGCGUCUCACCCCAGAUGAAGCGUCGCGGACUCGGCCGCACACCCGGCUCUGCGCGGGGGGCCCGGAGCUAAGGCGCAUGUACCUGCGCUCUCCUCACAACUUCUCCUUCCUCCGCAGACUCCUCUUUUACUACCAUCAUCAUCAUCAUCAUCAUCACUAUUACUGUCCUUCAUCCUCCUCCUCUUCAUCAUGGUGCUGGGCAAAGUGCGGGCCCUGGCCAUCUACUUUGACAGCCUGAACGAGAACAACCUGCCGGUGUUCUCCGGCGGGGACCUGGUGUCGGGGCGCGUGGUGGUGGAGGUGACCGGGGACGUGCGCGUCAAGAGCCUGGACAUAACGGCGCGGGGAGUCGCCAAGGUCCGGUGGACCGAGUCGAGGAACGCCGGGGCGAACACGGCUUACACCCAGAACUACACCGAGGAGGUGGAGUACCUGCACCACUACGACACCUUGAUAGGAGAGGAGAGAGACGAGGACUGUCCGGAGGAAGGGCUGACUGUUCUGCACGCCGGCCUGCACGAGUUCGCCUUCAGCUUCAACCUGCCUCAGAUGGCUCUGGCCACUUCCUUUGAAGGGAAGCACGGCAGCGUGAGGUACUGGGUGAAAGCUGAGCUGCACCGUCCCUGGCUGCUGCCGGUCAAAGUGAAGAGAGAGUUCAUUGUGUUCGAGCACAUCGACAUCAACACUCCCCUGCUGCUGGCCCCGCAGGCUGGUACAAAGGAGAAGACUCUGUGCUGCUGGUUCUGCGCCUCGGGUCCGAUCUCCCUCAGUGCCAAGAUAGAGCGGAAGGGCUACACACCAGGCGAGUCGAUCCAAAUCUUCGCCGAGGUGGAGAACUGCUCGUCCCGCGUCGUGGUGCCCAAGGCCGCUCUGUACCAGACCCAGACGUUCUUCGCCAAGGGCAAGGGCAAGCAGAUCCAGCAGCUGGUGUCCAACCUGAGAGGAGACCCUCUGCCGCAGGGCAAGAGCCAGAGCUGGGAGGGCAAACUGCUCAAGAUCCCCCCGGUGUCGCCCUCCAUCCUGGACUGCCCCAUCAUCAGGGUGGAGUACGCCCUCGUGGUGUACGUGGACGUCCCUGGUGGGUUGAAUUUGUCUCUGUCGUUGCCCCUGGUGAUAGGGACCAUACCCCUCCACGCCUGCAGCAGCCGCACCUCCAGCAUCAGCAGCAACUGCAGCACCCUGAGCUGGCUGGGCCUGCAGGACAGACUCGAGGCACCACCGAGCUACAGCGAUCUGGAAAUAUCAGAGACUCAAAGGCGGGACUGUCUGCAGGGCUGUGAUAGGUCUGACGGGGAGGGAGACGAUCCAGGAUCUCUGCUCACAUACAUCACAGAGUUCAGAUAUCUGCCACCGCCACUCUACUCCGAGGUCGACCCUUACCCCGACCCCGUGGAGGUGUGCGGGGCCGCGGACGUCAGGAGACCCGACACGUGUCCGUCCCGCUGAGGAGAGCUCGUGAGCUCAGAGGGAAUUCUGCACAAACAACAUACCGUCACCCUCAGCUCCAGGCCCGCACAGCCAGCUUCUCACCAGAUUAUAUAUCACGAUAAAUAAGGCUAUACCCUCCCUGACCUGGGAGAGUCAGCUGAGAGAGUAUUCGGUGACCAUUGACAUAUGGACCAGGGAUUUCGAGCCAUGCUGGAUCCUCCAUAUCCUGUGCUCAAGACGAGGAAAAUAAAGAAAAGUUCUCCCUGACACCGCUGUGUGACUCUGACGAGGCAGAUAACAGAAGUGGUGGGGAGACGCCUCCUCCUUCCUCACAGUGAAUUUUGCACAUGCCGUUAUUACUGUUUUUCUAUUGGUGGGUUUUAUAUACUGCAGAUUGCCGCAGGCCUAUAUGCUACAGUAGAUUCUGUCCACAGAUGUACGCUCUAAUCUAAAUGGCACAUUUUUUUUUUUUUUUUUUUUUGAAAAACAGGACAAAAGCUAUCGCCAGUUUAAAUGAUAGUUUGAACUCGGGACCGUCGGCGUCACCAACCAGAACUUCAGGUGGAACUUAAACUGUCUCGUUCUGUGAACAAAGCAAAAAAAGACAUAACAAAAAAACACAGGAGACGGGAGAAAAAAAGCAGACGAAUGAUGUUUCUGAUGAUUAAACGACCACCUCGAGCACUAACGCUCAAGUUGUGUGCGAAUAUGUGUGUAUCAGAGAGAGAGAGUGUGUGUGUGUGUGUGAAUGUGUGUGUGUGUGUGUGUGUGUGUUGGUUUAAAUGACCAGGUAUGAAACCCAAACAGGGUGUCGAGAAAAAAAAAGCACAAACUCCGACCAACCGAUACAAAGUACCACAAGUCGCCUGUUGGUUUCUGAACUAAAAGCUUCUCUCGCUGUAGAUUUUUCUAAAGAAGCUUUGUGCUUUUUGCGAUGAAAAGAAAAAAAAAAUAAAUAAAAAAGAAUGACAAAGUGUAAAAGAUAAAUGUUUACAGAUGAAUAUAUCAAAUUGAGAAUGUUGCUCAGACAUGACUUCUUCCACCUAAAACUUCAAAGUGCAAUAUAUUUUUGUAUUUUUGAUUUUUUUUUUUGCACUAGUUUUUCAUAUACUCUGUUGCUGUUUAUUCCAUUUCUGUGCAUUAUAUAUUAUUGUCAUGAUCUUACUGCUGUCAUGAUCAACUUUUGAUAAAAUAAAAAGUUUAUUUUAUAAAAUAA